AUAAAUUCGUUUUUCUGGAUAUCAAGACAUGUUUGUGGUGAUGGCAACAUUGUAUACCCACGAAUAGGUCUAUCGUGUUAAUAAGGAACCUUUUUCUAAAAAUUUUGAGGACUUCAUAUUCUCUUGAGGCUUGCGUAUUUUUGAGUUUACGGUGAUCCAAAGAUGAAGAUUCCAGACCAUGAGACAGUAGAUGAUGAGUCUAAUAGAUUCAAAGAGGAGAAAAACAACUCAAACCAUAUCUUUCAAGAGUAUAUGUGGAUGGAAAAUGAAGAGGAGUUUGAUAAAGAAGUAAUGAAACAGUUAGAAGAAGAAGCGUUAAUGGAACAGUGCAUUGAAGCUAUGUUAGAAGAUGAACUUGAAAAUAAAGUACCACUGGAUGGUGGAAGCUUUAUUUCUGAAUUUGAGAAACUCGCACUUCAUGAAAAGGUUGAGAUUGCUCGAAAGAGCACGCUAAAUCCUGAUGCUGCAGAGUUUGUUCCUAAGAAUUCUGUUUAAUCAAUUCAGUAAAUACAGUUUAUAAAAGUUAAUUUUUUUUAAAAAAAAAAAUCAUUUUUAGUAUAGGGUAUUUGUAGAGCAGGCAUGUCAAACAAAUUGUGGUUUGGGAGCCACUUGACCAAUAAAAUAUUUUCUGUACUUCUGAUAAACAAGUAUAAUAUAAGAAAGUUUCAACACAAUUGCAUUUGGAAAUCCCACUUGAUAUGAUUAAUGAGAAGUCUUUUAUUUAAAUGACUAUGCCAUAUCAAAAUUCAUCCUAUUUAAUUAUUGACAACAGUGAUAGAUUUACUUAAAUUAUAUUAUUAUUUGUUUAGAUAGAUUUUAUUGUUCUAAUUUCUUAUUAUGCAUUUAAAACUGAUGUUUAUGAAAUACUAUCAAAGUGUAUAUAUAUAUAUAUUAGUUGAUCUUCAUGAAUUAAUUAAAUUACAAUUAUUGCUUAUCUGUAUAAAAAGGAUAUAAUAUAUGUUUGAUAGGCAUCUGCAAGUUUAAUUAGGAUGAAGUUAAGUAUACCACAAUUCCACUAGGGAAUUCAUUUAUUUUAUUUGUUACAAUAUUAUGUUGUUCUAAACAAAGAAAUGUCAACAAUUUUAUUGUUCGAUUAUUGUAGUUAACUUCUUUAGUUCGUAAGACUUUUCAGAAUAUCUAUGUUAAUUUAUAUAUAUUCGUUUAGUAUAUAUUUGUUUCAUUCCCAAUGAUUUACUUCUGGUCUAUGUGUUAUUUAAAUUUUUUAACAUUCUGGUUAUGCUUUAAGUUGCUUUUCUUAUUUUUAUAAUUUAAUCUAAUUUAUUGUUCAGAUUGUUAUUUAAUUUUAUAAUAUUAAAUAUUAUCAAGUAAUAAUUUUUUUAAUUCUUACAAUGAAUUUAUCUAAUUGACAUUAAUGAUAAACUUUGAAUUCUUAGCAGUGGCGUGGGUUAAAAGAUGAAUUUUUAUGUUUAAAAGUAGAUAUUAUGUAUUUUAAGUUAUAAUAAUCGAAAUAGCCCUAUUAUCCACCUGUUUGGCAUGCCUGAUAUAUUGAACUAAGUGUAUUAUUAUAAGUACAAUAGCUUUGUAAAAAGUAAUUUUUAUUUAUUUAUUUGUUUUGAGUAAAGUUAUUUUAGAAAUAUUAUUAAAAGUGUUGGUGGAGUGAUAUUAAGUUAUAUGCUCUUUUGUCCAUAAUGCUAUAUGUAACUAAAACUACCUUCAAUGGAAAAUAUUUAAUAAAAAUAAGAAUUUGAGUAUUUGCCUUGCUGCUUCACAGGGUACUUUUUAUAUAUUUCCUUGUGAAACAGUUCAUGCCUAAUACUUAUGUUCUCAAAAUCCAUUAUCUUAUAUGUAUAUUCAAUCAGAGGUGUUUUAUUUUUUCUUUAGUAUUGUAUUUGUAUGUAGAAAAAAUGCACAAUUAACUUAUCAUUUUUUAUUUGGUCUUAUUGAAAUAUAAUUGAAGUUCAGUAAAUUUUAAUCUAAAAUAAUAUUACUCACAUCUAUACUAAAUAUUUAAAGUUGGUUGUGAUAACAGUUUAGAAAAUAAACAUUUUAAGAAAGUUGUUAAAUGUUUAAAUGUGAUGAAAUCUAAUGUAUUUGUAUAAUUACUAUUUUUGUUUUAUGUUUAAAUUAACCAACAAUAUGAAAUUAAUACUACACAUAUUUCCAAUUUCUUCAUUAUCAAAGAAAUUAAAAUAAAUGGUAUUAAAUGGGUCAGUGUUAAAAUUUAUAAGUCUUCACCACACCACCAACAAUCAUUUAUCUAUUUCUUUAUUUUGUGAAUAAUAUGUAUUUGUGCUUUUCUUGUUUUUUGUAAAUUACUUUCCAUUUUUAAUUACUAAAUUUGGUGUCAUAAGGAAUCAGGUAACAUUCACAUAACUUGUAAUUUUUAAUAGCUUGUUUUAAUUGAUGGAUAUUACUUGUAAUGAUAUAUUUAAAUAAAUCUGUCAUAUUAAUGAAUAUGCCUGAUUACUGUUAGUACUUAUUUUUUAUUAAGUCCCGGGUAUGAUUAAUCGAGAGUUAUGUUUUGAUUUUAUUUUUUUUUAAACUUUCCCAGUAUAUUAAAUAGACGAUUAUGUUUUAUGUAUAUAUUGUCUGUUACUUGCUUUUAGGGAUUAUAGUGUUAAUUUGAUUAUAUAAAAUGUAAAUAUUCUUUUAAUAUAUUUUUUUUUAAACCAUGUUUUUGCAGCUGUAUUGUAGCUUUCUAUAUUUCCUAUAAUGAUGAGCUUAUCAUGUAUUUAUGAACUUGAAUAGUUUUUGCUCUAUCUCAAUUCAGUACUUGAUCUUUGAGGAACGUUAACCAUGCUCACACUCCUAAGAAACAGAAAAACAAAUUGUCAUCUGUGCCAAACUGUUUGUAAUUAUUUGUCCAAUGGAUUGAUAUGUAAUUAUUUAUAUUUUCUUUGUUAAUAUUAUAAUAGAUGCAUGAAAUGGCAAUGACUGAAAUUUAAGUUUUUAAAUGUGAUUAUAAAUAAACCAACCAACUAAAAUACCAAUACAUUAUGAGUUUUAUUUAUUACCAUUUGUUUAUAUUUUCUUUCUUAAUCUAUUUGACGAGCAUAUUAAUUUACUCAACAGCUAAUGUUUUUCUAUUAUUAAAUAUCUAAAGCCAUGUAAUUACAUAUUAUCUAAGAAAAUUUAAUAUAUUUUUUAGUAAUAGUCAUACUAUAAAAUUAAUUAAUUAGCUUAAUAUUUUUUUCAUCCAAGUGUAUAGUAUAUCCUAAAAUACAUCAUUUGAUUUUCUGUCAAAAUUUAUUUUUCAGUACACAUUAAAAUGGAUCAGCUAGAAAUGGCAUAUCAAAGGAAUAAUUUCAAAACCAAAACUUUCAUUUAGAUUUUUAUCUGUAUGUAUGAUAAUGUUUGAUAAGCAUUAUUUAAUUUUACAUUAAAAUUUAAGAUUUGAUGAAUUUGUGUAAGCACGUCAUGUUAUAAAACACACAUGUUUGCUUAAAUAUAGAUUCAUAUUAUAAAUAGAAACAAUUUUUUUGAUUAAUUUAGUAGUUUGUUUAUGUGUACAAUUAAUUACAGUCACAUACACAUAACAUACAAAGAAAAAGGAGAAAAUCAUACAGAAACUGUUCAAUUAAGGGCUAAUUUAUUGUAUGUGAGGAAAUUUGAUGCAUGUUCAUGUAAGUUUGCUGUUGUGAAAACUAUUAUAAAUUCCUAAAUUGAAAAUGUAUUGUUCAGUUUUUUAAAUUUAUUAUUAUUACUAUUAUGCCACAGGAAGAAAAUGUGGAGUUUAAAUUCCAGCUUUGAUCAAUUCCAAUAGUAUUUUUUUUUUUAAAUAUAUGGAACGAUAGACACAGCUGUA